CUCUGACAAAGUAAACAUCUCUUUCGAUUGCCUUCUCAUCAGUGACCCUUCUGGAUCUCCUGCUAUCGGAAAUCCUUAGCCGCUCGCUCAUUUGUUCUCCUCGUCGCUACCAGGAAGCCUGAUCAAAUCCCGACUGUCUGGUCUGAUGACGGAGAACGGCCACGAGGCUGAGCCUCUAAUCCGUGAUGGACGGACUCGGGCAGUUUCGAAUACUCUAGCAGGUCAAGAAGACACUGAAGAGGCAUCCAAGAGCAGUGGUUUUCUUUUCCUUCUGACCCUAGCCAUGGGAGGUAUCCAGAUUGUCUACUCGAUCCAGCAUUCCAGUGGAUCGCCAUAUCUGCUCUCGUUAGGAAUGAGCAAAGCACUACUCGCAUUUGUGUGGAUCGCGGGGCCCCUUACCGGUACUCUCGUGCAGCCUUACAUUGGCAUCCGAAGUGACAAUUGCCGCAUCUCCUGGGGCAAGAGAAAGCCUUUCAUGGUCUUCGGGGGAGCAAUUCUAGCCGCUUGCCUGUUGGCGUUGGCGUGGGUGCGAGAAAUAGUUGGCAGCGUACUGGGCCUCCUUGGCAUCGAUGCUCAGGCAGCUGAAGCUAAAACAGCAGUGAUUAUUGCUGCGACUCUCUUGAUGUACUGUCAAGAUUUUGCUAUCAACACCGUUCAAGCAGCAACCCGGGCGUUCAUUGUUGACAACGCCCCUGCUCACCAGCAGGAGACAGCAAAUGCCUGGGCAAGCCGUCAUGUCAGCGCAGGAAACAUCUUCGGCUUUAUCAUCGGUGGUUUGGAUCUACCAAAGGCUCUCCCAUUCCUCUGGAAUACCCAGUUUAAAGCGAUCAGUGUAAUCGCCAGCGUGUCUCUGGCAAUCACCUUGUCCAUCACUUGCUCUUACAUUGAGGAAAAAGAUCCCCGCGCAGAGCCAUCGGCAUAUCAAGGACCGGGGUUCAUCUCAUUGCUCCAGUCUAUCAAAGAAUCUGCCCACCGUCUCCCCUUGCGUAUACGUAAGGUCUACAUGAUCCAGGCCGCAGCAUGGUUUGGAUGGUUUUCAUUCUUAUUCUACGCCACCACGUACAUAGGGCAGCUGUAUGUGAACCCUAUCUUCGACGAGCAUCGUGGCCUAUCGGAUGAUGAGAUUAACAAGGUGUGGGAAGAAGCUACACGCAUCGGCACUUUGGCCCUGCUUGUAAACGCACUGGUGUCUUUUGCAGCAAGUGUUAUCCUACCACUACUAGUUGUUCCGUCUGAGAAGCAGAUGGCAACUCAAACAAGCACUGGCCUAAGCACGUUACCCUUCAAGCUUUGGAUCCCUGGGUUUACGCUGCGGCGCGCAUGGCUUCUUUCUCACUUCCUGUUUUCCAUUUGUAUGUUUGGCACGUUCUUCAUAUCUUCCCCCGGCCAGGCAUCGGUGAUGACAGGGGUCAUUGGCAUCGCCUGGGCCGUCACAGCGUGGGCGCCAUAUGCGCUCAUCGCAUCCGAAAUCACCCAGGAAGACCCUGGUCGGCCAACUCAGCAUCAGCGAGGGAGAUCUAUCGAAACAGAAGGGUCAAGCAUUCUUCCAUACAGCGAAGAGGCCGGCGAACCAAGGGUAGCGGGUGAUAAGGCAGCAAAUCAAGCUGGAGUCGUUCUUGGGCUGCACAACGUCGCCAUCUCCUUUCCUCAGAUCAUUUCUAGUGCUAUAGGCAGCCUCAUCUUCAAGGCGCUACAGAAGCCACGAGGGGAGCCCUGGGACACCAGCACAGCAUGGGUGAUGAGGCUUGGGGGAUGUGCAGCCGUACUUGCAGGUUUUUUGACAAUGGGUCUCGAGGAGCAAGGUGGAAGAAAGUAGGGACGCCGCUGCGCAACUGUCUAUAUACUCUUGGAUCCCCGAUAUUGGGCCCAGGAUAAUCGAUCAUUACACUGCCUCGCCAAUGGUGGCC